CUGCAGGCCGAGCGCGACGGGACUUGCAAGAGCAGGGCCCUCGCAGCGCUCGGGUGGCUGCUGAGGCUGGACGAGAAAGCCCUCGACUGGUACGUGGAGUCCACCAGGGAGAUGUUCCUUGUUGAGCUGAGGGCCCGCCAGAAGGUUCGCAGGGGCAUGCUGAGGUGCGCGGACGAGUCUCUGGAUCCCGAGAGCGAGGGGGAGGAGGAAGAGAUAUUCGGGUCGCUCAUGUCCACUGGCAGGCGGGACAAGUUUGGCAGGACCAUGCACAUGAAAGUGUGCCACGCCAACACGGCCCGCUACAACCACCUCGUGGACCAAGGCUGCUCCGUGACCACCAGGGGCAGGUGCCUGCCAGACCAGCAGGGCGCAGGGGCCCUGCUGCCCAGCGACUCGCCGGAGGCCUCCCUCCGGCGCAGGCGCGAGGCGGAGGUGCAGCGCAUCCGGCAGGUGGCGGCCCGCGAGCAGCGGGGGGGCCCCGGCGCGGCCGCGCCCGCGGAGCCGCCGCCCGGCGCGCCCGCGGGGGCGCCGGGGGCCGGCGGCGCGCCGCUGGGCCCGGAGCAGCGGUGGAGGGCGAUCGAGGACCACGAGGCCAGGUGGCACUUCCUCGAGACCACGUGCUUCUUCGGGCACAACAUCGGCUUCAGGAAGAUCAAAAAGCUGUACGCCAGGGACGAGGUGCUCGCGAGCCAGGCCCGGGGCGGCGAGGCCGCGCCCGCCCUGGCCGACGGCCCUGCCGCCCCCCGGGGCGACGGCCUCGGCUUCGGCGACACGAAGUACCUGCGGAAGUACACGGUGGGCGGCGCGAACUACGUCACCCACGAGGCGGACCCGAUCUUCCAGGAGCCAGUCGAGAACUUCCUGGGCUUCCUGAGCGGCGACCGGGACGAGACCAUCACGCUUCCCUUCUAUGCGCUGCCCUUUCCAAGCUGCUUCCAGGCGGUGGCACUGAAGGACUACGUCAAGGGAAGGACACUGGCGCUGGACCUGGAGGGGGACUUCGACGAGCACGUCCAGAAGCAGGUGUCGGACUUUUCCAUUCCCUCCGGCAACAUAUUCGUGGCCGGCGGGUUCCUGAACGACCCGAGCUCCUACAACCGUGCCAGCGCCUCUGUGAGCGCGCCCGUCAGGCUGCGCGCGCCCUGAGCGGGUCACGGCCACCCCCCUCUUGUCCUCCGCCUCGUCCUCGCCCUCACGUCAGUCCGCUGGACCACCCAGCAGCCCUCGAACGUGGCGGGAAUUUCGCACUUCGCAGCGCCAUCGCCUUGUUUUUCCUUGCGAGUUGAGCCCCCGCUUCGGUGCGUCGCGGCUUUUUCAUUAGCCAACCCGUCGAAACUUGCCCAGGCAAAACUGUCGCUGUCACUUAGGCGCCGGGCAUGUGUCGCCUGAAAGUGGUGCCCCCCUUUUCUGGCGCGGCGCAGCACUGUCUCUCGCAAAGUUGUUGGGGUUUCGGCCGCGCGCGAGCGAACGACGUUUCGCCCUCGCCCUGUCUCUGGGCGCAUGUCGCGUGGUAGUGGCGUUCCCGCGCGGGCGCGGCACGUGUUCCGUGCAGCGCCUCGGCGGGGCCGCGCGAGAGAGCGGGCGACGUGCUGCCCUCGCCCGAGCGCGCCGCGCAGCCUGGUGCCUGCAGGCGGCCGUGCUGUUUUCGGCGAGAGGCGCACGCUUUUCGGGAUCGCCGCGCGCAUCUCGGGAGUUCGGCCGGCCGUCGGAGGGCCGGCGGUGGGCUCUCUCGCCGCGGCGCCGCGCCGGCGCACCCUGGGGAGG